UGUCCAUAGGUAGAUUGGGGGGUGCCUGUGUCUUGGAAGGGGCUUGGCGUAGGAGUCCGGGUUGGUUUUAUUCCUUUCUGCUCGGGGAGAACUGGGCCGUGUGUGGGGCUUGGCAGGCCGGGUGUCCAGCUGCGGAGCUGUCUACUAUGCGCUGGGGCUGCACCCAGGUCCACCAUUCCGGGCGGGAGCGAGGCCUUAGACCUUUUAGUUUUCUUUUUAAAAAUAAGGAGAUUCCCAGACAAAAAGUUGUUCACGCUGCAAAUGGAGAUCUCCUAGUUUGCAUUUAUAGUCUCAGAAUGUCGUUGUUAUAUUAAAAAAAAAAAGUUAGGCGGGUUUGGCUGUAAGUGGUCAGCCCCAGGCAGAAACCACUCUUUGUACCCUUUGGAUGGGGUGUACUCAGAAUACUCACUGGCCACCGCUUUUUUAGAGGGAGGAGACCAGAAAAUGCUUUUUCUAUCGUCCCUUUGGCUACUCAGACAUUGUGCCUUUCCCUGGCUUCCUUUGCACUUUCAAAGUUUAAGUGUCUAGGUGACCUUCCUAGAACACCCCCUCCCACUUGAGGAAAGCUGCAAAUAGGGUAGGGAAGAGCAGGGUUAGAGGCUAGCCCAAUAGGUUUGUAUUGGAACAGGGUGGAGAGCGCAUACAGAAUAGGAGCAGAACUUGUUCAGAUAAGGCAAUCAGCACUUACAAUGCUCAGGGCCCCAAGGCUGGCUAAUGCCCAGGUUUACAGUGCUAAAGGGAAUUGAAGGCCUUUUAAUGGAUCAUUUAUGAACUUUUGGAUUCAGGAGAGUUUCCUGAGGCUUGGGCAGUGAUAGACCAAAAUCCACUAUUUAUCAGAGCCAGGAUGCUCUGCCGAGGUGGUGGUGAUGGUGAUGAUGAUGAUGAUGCGGCUGUCGAUGGGUAGAUUGGUGGGUGGAGGGUGCGGGGUGCCUGUGUCUUGGAAGGGGCUUGGUUUAGGAGCCUGGGUUGAUUUUAUUCCUUUCUGCUCAGGGAGAACUGUAUGAGGCUUGGCAGGCCGGUGAGUGCUAGUGAGUGCAGACCAGUGAGCCUAGAGGGCAGAAGAAGUUCUAGAACCUCAGUUUGAUGGAGGGGGAGUCAGAUGGGCUGGGUAGGAGAGUUCAGGUUUAAGGAUGUGUUGGAGCUCUGUAAGGAGAAGACUGUUUCUGUGUGGGAGAGAAGCAAAGAUCAGGAACUGUAAUAUGCUUCAGUUUUCCCCAAAAUAUUUGUCAAAGAUCCACAUUCACAAUUAACAUUUGGGACACAAGAUAGACUAGGGUACUGGGGAGACAACAGGAGAUUAAGGGACCCUGCGAGGGAAAUGUCUCUUCUGGAUCAGGUGCCCAGGAGGUCACUUUAUAUUGUUGUUCAUACAUAUAUGGGAUUUGAAUACGGGAUCAAACCCUGGUGUAAGCUCAGGCUGCUCUGUUGAAAUCGGUGAAGAUACACUGCCUUCUGUAGUGCUGAAUUUGGAACAUAAACAUUGUCAUACUGAAGCAGACCCAAGGUCCAUCUAGUCCAAUAUUCUGUCUCCAAUAAUGGCUAGUACCAAAUGCUUCAGAUGCAAGUGUAAGAACUCUGCAGUAGGAAGAUGUGGUACAAUAUCCACCUGCCCCCCCGCCCCAUUAGAUCUCAUCCUGAACUCUAAUGGUUAGAUUUUUCUUAAGCUGUGACACAUGAGGUUUAAUAUCCUUUCCAACUUUUUGUUAGCAUUAACAGUUAGAAUUCCUGAUAUUCUUGUUUUUCAUAUAAAUGUCCAUUCCCUUUUUGAAUCUUGCUGUCUGAAUCUUUAGUUUGGCUCAAGGUAUCCAAGUUUGCAGAGGAGGCUGAGCUACAAGGGGGUAGGCCAGAAGGAACUGGGUUUGUGGCUGUCACAUGACUCCAGUUCCUCAGAAAUUCAGCAAAACUUGUGUGGUGGGUGGGUCCGGAGGGAAACAGAUAAGCAGCCUGUGCAGCUUGUGCUGGGACUCUGGGGGAUACACCUGAGUUCAGCUUUUCUGCUUCCUUCCUGGGUCUCUGCUAGGUUAGAGGGUCUUUGCUUGGUUGGCAUCUCUCUCUCAGGGUGAUACCUCUGCAGGUGUAGUCAGCUGAGACGUUAGAGCUAACCGCUCCCAAACUUCGAGGUGGGGGUUGGGCAGGAUAUUGUCACUGGGGGUUGGGCCUCAUGGACUCUGGAACUCAUUCUUGCAGUGCCUGAGUUGGCUGGUUUCAAGGCAUAUCUGUUUUUUCAGGCUCUUUCUGAGAGACUGGGCUAGUUCAGUGUUUUCCUUUUAGGCUCUUCAGGCAAGCAGCUGAGUUUGGGGGCCAUUGCCAUGGACCCACUCUCGGAGUUGCAGGAUGACCUUAACCUGGAGGACACCAACCAGUCCCUGAGCCAGCUCAAACUGGCUUCCUUAGAUGAUAAGAACUGGCCAGCAGAUGAAGUGCCUGUUUUUCCCAAGUCAGAGGACACCAACCGCUCCCCUGAGCCCAUCACUCACCUGCGCUGGGAUGAUCCAUACUACGAUAUUGCUAGGCACCAGAUCGUGGAAGUAGCAGGUGAUGACAAGUAUGGACGGAAAGUCAUUUUGUUCAGUGCCUGCCGGAUGCCGCCCAGCCAUCAACUUGACCAUGUGAAACUGCUUCAGUAUCUUAAGUUCACACUGGACCAGUAUGUGGAGAGUGACUACACAUUGGUGUAUCUGCACCAUGGCCUCACCAGUGAGAACAAGCCGUCCCUGAGCUGGCUGCGGGAUGCCUACCGGGAAUUUGACCGCAAGUACAAGAAGAACAUCAAAGCGCUGUACAUCGUGCACCCAACAAUGUUCAUCAAGACUCUGCUGAUUCUCUUCAAGCCUCUGAUCAGUUUCAAGUUUGGACGGAAGAUUUUUUAUGCAAACUUCCUGAGUGAGCUGGAGGAGCAUGUGAAGCUGGAGCAGCUGGGGAUCCCAAGCCAGGUGUUAAAAUAUGACGAGUACCUGAAAUCACUGCAGAAACCCUCUCAAGUGCCCCAGAAGCCGACCCCCCCACGCCCACCCCUGCCAAACCAGCAGUUUGGGGUCUCUCUGCAGCACCUAAGGGAGAAGAGCUCUGAUCAGGCCCUAGUCCCGCUGGUGGUCAGGGAAACCAUUGCCUAUCUGCGGGAGCAUGCUCUGACCAAAGAGGGGAUUUUCCGGAGAUCAGCUUCCACACAGAUUGUCAAAGAGGUCCAACAAAAAUACAACAUGGGGAUACAGGUGGAUUUCCAGCAAUACGAGGACAUUCACCUCGCUGCCGUGAUCCUCAAGACGUUCCUGCGGGAGCUGCCAGAGCCCCUGCUCACCUUUAGUCUCUACAACCACGUUGUCAACUUCCAGAACGUGGAGGAGUCGAAUCGCGUGGAUGUUGUUCGCAAAACCCUCCAGACCCUGCCCGAGGAAAACUACCAAGUGCUCUGUUUCCUGAUGGCCUUCCUGGCAGAGGUCUCCGCUCACAGCGACGUAAACAAGAUGACGAACACCAACCUGGCCGUGGUUUUCGGCCCAAACCUGCUGUGGGAUAAGGAUGUAGCCAUCACCCUCAAGGCCAUCAACCCCAUCAACACCUUUACCAAGUUCCUGCUGGACCACCAGGGGGAGCUGUUCCAGGACAUGCAGGCCUGAGCCGGGGCCCGUCCACACUAGCACACUGUGCCCACCUUCCCCCUCCCUCUUCCUACCUUGUCGUGGAGCCAUGGCCAGGAGCCUCCAGCACAGAGGGUCCAUUGGAGCUGCAGGCGCUGAGCUGAGUGAGGGCUGUGGAGAUGGUGUGGGAGUGAGUGAGCAGGCAACCAUUUGCCAGAGGUGGGGGAGAGGAGCUGGUCUCCCCAUUCCUGGGAGUGGAGUCUUGUCCCCAUGGCCAUUCUGUGCAGUUCAUCCCUGGCCAUACUGCUCUACUGGGGGCCGUUCCCUCCUUCCUUCCCCUCACGGGCUUCUUUCUGCCCUCCUCUCCUCCCCCCAGCAGCCCCUCUUCUGUGCAACGCCCCAAGAUCCCAGCUCAUUCCUCCUGCCUGCAUCACCUGGGCAGGACUUGGCUCGAGUUGUGUGGCAGGAGGCUCCCUGUGCCAGCCUCUCCUCUCAGGAGCUGAGUGCAGUGUCCUGGCUCCCUGCCCCCACCCAGAGCAGAUCAGGUAAGCCUUGUGCUUCAGGUGUUGGUGAGGACAGCACCAGCUGCUCCUGGGCUAACACCAACCCUGCCCUUGGCUCGCAGCAGGUGUGUGAAGGAGAAACUAACUCUCCGGGGGCUGGGCCAUUGGGCCCUGCCAGAGACUCUGUGACUGAGGGGAGUUGGCUGAGCCCGCCCCUUGCUGACACUACUACCCUGGGGAGCUAGUAAUGCCUCUCCAUGGGGCGCUAGCACCCACUGCAGGUGCUGUUCACCUUCACUAGCAGGGCUGUGGUGGGCAUGGGGUGUGUGGCGUGUGGUAGCCCAUGACUACUCAGCUCUGGCUCUAAUGGUCCCCUUGACUUUGUCCUCAGCUCUUGGUGGGAGGGUUUCACUCCAGACACGGCCUCAGUGGGCAUGCGCUGCCUGGGGAUGUGGGGUCCCCUUUGUAAUGCUCUGUGAUCAGUGAGCUUGUUGGAAUCAUGCAGGGGACAAGUGCCCUGGUGGCACUUGACUCCCCACUGCCAAACGCCAUAAUUGACACUUCCCUUCCUCAUGGCUGCAGCACAGGGACACUCCUGGGUGCCCUGUUUGUCUGCUGGCCAGCCCCUGACCCCAUCUGGUGAGUGGAAUUUUUUCCAGCAAAAAUGUAAGAAUGUGGCCCAAAGGGAAGGGCCUGUGCACUGAGGCCAAACGUUAGCCAGUGUGCGAGGCCUGGAUCGCAGGAACCUGCCCAGGUGCUGAGCUCUCGUGCCAAAGCCACUAGGGCAGAACUGUGCCAUGCAGCAUGCCCCUAGCCUUUCAGGGGAGCUGCUUUGAUGCACCCCUUAUGAACUAGGUGGGUAGGGAGGGAACUGGCUCUCUACAGGCCAGGCUCAGGAACAGAGCAGGCCAGAUCCCCUUCUGAGGCAGUUGCACUGCAGUCACUGCCUCAGGGUUGAUUUUAGUGUGGGGGGAUCCCCUCUGCCACAUGCUAAAGUAACAGGGAGCUAGCGUUUCCUGCAUUGGCCUGUGAGAGAGGAGCUUCCACACUGGAGCGAGACUCUCCAUUUCUAGCCUCACUCCCCAAGACCCAUAAUUCUUGUGCCCUGCUCCCCCAGGCCAGUCCUGGUCCCAGCCCCACCAGAGCAGUGGGGAAACAUUGGGACCAAGCAGAGCUCGUUUUAUAAAGUGGCAGUUGAUCUGCUUUUAAUAGGAUUUUAACCUGCCCUAGAAACUGACCAAAGGCUGAUACCCUGAUUUAAAAAUAUGACAAACUGCUGAUGAGCAUCAACAACAGGAAUGGGGUCUCCUCUGCGAGGCCCAGGAGCAGGGGCCCAGGAUUGGCAAGAACUCUGUCAGUCCUGCAGUGCAGCCCAGGCCCAGCUCGGCAGCUCUAGCUAUUGCCGAUUGAUUGACUGCUCUUGGGGUGAGAUGGGCAAGUGGAGGAGCGGAGAAUUCUGAGGAGGGCUGGAGAACAGGCUGUGCACAGCUUGGAGCCUCCCAUCCCACCCCGGCUACUGAGUGAAUCUCUCUCUGGGAGGUUGAAGGGCCCAUGGUGGGGAGGGACCAGGCCUGGAGCUGGACGUGCUGCUGUGUGAGUUGAAUUUCUGGGACAUGAAUGCCCUUUGCUGUGAAUAAGUCCAUAGUGAGGGUUUGGGUGGGUCACAGAGGGCUUCUAGUUCACCUUGACUUCUGCUAGAUCCAGCAUCGAGGAUAGAUCUGCCAUGGAAGCUUCUUGGGAAAGCUGGAGGGACUCAGUGCUCCUAUUGAGGUCAGGGGGUGGGGCAAUGUAGGAAGAGCCCUACACUUGCCCCAUGAGUUUUGUUAGGCCAUGCUUAGUGGGACACUCUGGAAAGGGGUGUUGUCUGCGUGAUCCCAUAUCACAGCUUCUGUCUCCCCACUCUAAAGGGAGCAUCCCCUCCUGCAUGUAUUUCACAGUGAAGCUAAGCUGGGUUUGCUGACGUUAUCCGGGCCACAGCUAAAUGUUUGUUGGCCUAGAUCUCCCCAGAGAAAAGGAAAAACCUGCUGGUCUCCUUGGGAACAACCAGAAUCUUAAGGCCAGUAGCCCAGAACAGAAAUUCCUCAUGGGCUGGGGCACAAGGACCUGGCUGCAGGCUCAGCCGCUGCUCCCUGCAGUGAGUUCCAGCUGGGAGCACUGAAUCCUGAUCUGCCUGAUGUUGAAAAAAGCAGGGCUGGGCAGCCCAGGGGCAGGGGCAGGCUGAGGCUGCACUUGGGGAAGGUAUUUCCUUAGCCUCCCAGAGACACUUUAAAAAAAAAAAUUCUAUGUAGUUAAAACUCCUGAGUUUAUGGGCUUUCCUACUGAGUGUAACGGGACCUGCUGCAAAUCCCUGUGCUAGGGGAUAACCCUGCUCCUGGGGCAGAGCCCUGCAUAGGGAAGGGAGUGGACUUGGAGAAGUCUGUUGGUACUGCAGAUGGUGGGAAUGGGCUCGCAUGGUCUUGGGAGCACUCCAGUGUAAAUAUUCCCAUUCCUUUACCCACCCCCUGCCUGCUCCCCCAGCGCUGCCAAGAGGCACAGCAGCGCUGGCUACUUUGCUUCUGCAAUUUAUGCUUCGGGAUGCCUUUCAUGAAGAUACUACUCUUGUGGCUUGUGUGUGAAGCUGUGGCCUGGGCCUGACUGCAGCCCUUGGCUUCCCACGCCGAGUGGCAGGUGGGCAACCGAGUCCACGUCUCUGCCAACUAACUCAGGACUGAAUUGCCUUCCUAAUCUGUCUGCCUCCUUGGGUGUACGGCUUGAGGCAGAGCUGGGAGGGAGGCAGCAUGCAGGAGCGGC